CUGCGUCGACGCCGGUAAUUGUUCUCCUUCAACCCUACAUCCAGGACAGUCUCGUGGAAUAUAAUGGACUUUCAGAAUCGUGUUGGAUCAAAAUUCGGUGGAGGUGGUGUUGCCGGUGCAUCGGAGAGCAAUGUUGACAGGAGAGAACGGCUGAGGAAGCUAGCCUUAGAGACCAUCGACCUUGCCAAGGAUCCCUAUAUCCUUCGCAACCAUCUUGGGUCACUGGAAUGUCGUCUCUGCUUGACCCUUCACACCAAUGAAGGCUCCUAUCUGGCUCACACUCAGGGAAAGAAGCAUCAAACUAACCUUGCGCGACGUGCCGCUCGCGACAUGAAGGACAGCCAGCUUCAAGUCGCGCCACAGCAGCAAGCCGUCCAGCGCAAGGUAUUCCUCAAAAUUGGCCGUCCAGGCUAUCGUGUCACCAAAGUCCGAGACACAGAUACUGGGAAGGAGGGAAUGAUGGUCCAGGUUCAUUUACCACAAAUCAAGCCUGGAGUGACGCCUCGCAGACGGUUCAUGAGUGCAUGGGAGCAGAAGCGGGAGCCACCCAAUAAGGCCUACCAGUACCUCAUCGUGGCAGCAGAGCCCUACGAGACCAUAGCUUUCCGUAUUCCUGCACGUGAGAUUGAGGACGAGUCUGACGACGCUGGUUACUGGAAUUGGUCACAUUGGGACCCUGACACCAAGCAGUACAGUUUUCAGUUCAUGUUCCGUCUAGGUUACUGAUUGUAUCGUCAUCUACUUGUCUCAUUCCCCUGUAAACCGGUGUCGCCUCGUUAUGCAUGUUCUCACCCGCACGUUUCAUGAUUCUGCUUCAGUAGGGUGAAUGA